CUAGGUUUUACCUUAGAUUGAAGAAGAUGGAGUUUUCUUUUGUUUUGUGUUAAAUAAAAGGUUACAGAGAAUAGAAAAUGGUGUUAGUGAUUUUAUUAAAAUCUUAUAAAGAAAUUCUACAGCUUUGAAUGUUUUGAUGGGAAUAGAUUGACCUCAAAGUUUGAUUCUGAGAUUGUUUGUUUAACCCUAACCUUUUUUUUUCUUUUUCUUUUUCUUGGUCAUAUAGAAAACUCUACCUGGUCAUAACAUUGUCUAAUUAUUAUGCAAUAAUACUGAAUUGUGAAAUUAUGUCAUUUUCAUAUAAAUUUUUAAUUGCUUGUGUGCCCUUGGAAGUGCAUUAGUACUUUUCUUCUCCACAAAGUUACAAAAAAGGACCUCUUUUUUCCAAUGUGCUUUUCUUGCAACAAUAAGCUUCAUUCAACUUUAUUUUGUUGUGCUUUUUAUCAAAUGCAUAAACUGAUUUGUGGAGUUUGAUUGUUUUGUUGUUUGUAGUUUUGAGGAAAAUGGCAGGAAUCAUAUCGAACGGUGGCGUUUACCGGAUAAGACAGUGUGCCCUCGACCUAUUAUCGAUUGUUGAUUUGAUGGGUGGCGAGGUUUCAUGGGACAUUAUAGGAAGAGAUCUUGAGCUUAGAUCAACAUUCUUAUACUGUGAUUUCAAACAAAUCAUUUCUAAAGCAGCAGAGGACGAAAAAAAAACCUUAAUUAACCUUGCCAACCGCUUAUUAUGUUCUAUAGAAGAGAUGAGCUAUGCAGUAAAACUAAAAGAUAGUACUUUGAUGGAGAGCAGAUACUUCGACACAACAAAGGUUUUGGAAGACUUGAUGGCUCUCCUUCCUUAUCGCGAUCCAUUCGUCGAGGAUGAAUCGGACGAUUAAGUGAAUCCCUCAUUAACUGUAUAUGUUUUACCCCUUCCCUCAUGUACAGCUGGUUUUUUCCUUCUUGGGCUUUAAAUACCAUCCAUCUGUAAAUACUAAAUACCAGUUUAGGAUGAUUUCAUAUGUAAAAAGUUUGGUUUAGGCUUAAAUGUUUCAACUCCUGGAUA